CAAAUGAAUCCUACUAAGGGCUUAAUUAUACACUAUUGAUACUGACAUUUUAAUACAAAAUAAACAGAUCACUUGCAUAUUGACAUUUACAUCCGUAUAGGUUAUAACAUAACCAAAUAAUUGUAUACUUUGUAAGUCAUUUAAUUGUGUAAAGGAUUUGAUGGUAAAGGAGAGAAUGGAGUACAGGGAAACAGAGUACAACACGGACCUGACCAAAGUCCACCACACCAACUACGUCAGAAACAGCCGGGCCAUCGUGGUCUUGUGGGCCAUCUUCACGUGUAUCUUCUUCAUCCUGAAUGUAGUGGUGUGGAUACAGCCACAGUGGAUAGGUGACACCGGGGACAGUGCAGUGGCUGGGUUUUUUGGCUUGUACAAAUACUGUGUUGAAACAUCAGUUGGCUCCGACUUUAUUUGCAACGGUGAUUUCAUCUCAUGGGAAUCUAUACUGAAUUCAUAUUUCAAGGCAACAUCUGUCAUGGUUGGUGUCAGCUGUCUCCUGUCCAUCGCCAGCAUCGCCUGUUUUUUGCUGUUCUGUUUGGUGAACACAGCCACAGUGCUUAGGAUAUGUGCGUGGCUGCAGCUUAUGUCCGGCCUCCUUAUCACAGUGUCCUGCAUUGUAUACCCUGGUGGAUGGGACCACUCUCAGGUCAGACAGGUAUGUGGUCUGAAGUCCGGCAGCUACAAUAUCGGGGAGUGCGGGAUGCGCUGGGGCUACGCACUAGCCAUCGUCCUGAUCUUCGACGCUUUUAUUCUGUGUAUCCUGGCUUUCGUCUUGGCGGCCAAACAGGCCAAUUUGUUACCAGAGAUCUACAAGAAAGAAAAAGAGGCCCUGAAGGAUUAGCCCAGGCGCCCUGCUUGCCAGAUCUACGUAGACAUAACCAACCAGCGGCAGACGACCAGUACUGUACCUACUACAUGUCCCACAUUUCGAUGACACCGUGGGUCAGUCCGCAAGUCGAGAAUAGCAUGUACAUGUCUUAGUACUCCCACACACUCCAUAGUUUGUAAUUAUGUUUCUAUGACGCCAAUGAAAUCUCACGUUUCUUCAUAAGGUUUAACUUCAAAGCUUUUUUUUUU